CGCUAUUCGGAGCGUCAUGGAAACAAACUAAGAAAAGCCUAGCCGAUAAGAAAGGUUUUGGUAUUGAUAUCUUAUCUUGUACUUUGGAUUCCUAAGCUUGGAAAGAGAGCUAAGCCCUAUUCUUACCACGAAACAGCGUUGAAAUAAUCCUAAUUAAUAGAAAUUUUAUUUCUAAUCAUUAAUGGAAAAUUUUCUGAAAAUGAUGCUUCCAGACAGUGAUCCAAAUUGCAAAACAGUGUCUACACUUGUCUUCAUGGACUUGGAAGCUACUGGACUGCCAUCAUAUGUAGGAAAAAGAAAUGUUCACAUUACAGAAUUAUCACUGGUUGCAAUUGAUCGUUCUGAUUUUGAAUCGGAUAGUUCACUUAGAGUUCUAAACAAAUUAAACCUUUGUAUUCGUCCACGUACUACCAUUUCACCAACAGCCAUGACAAUAACAGGAUUAUAUAACGACAUACUUGAAAAGCAGGAAAAGUUUGAUGAAUCAAUCCCAAAACUACUAGAAUAUUUUUUUCGACGCCUCAGACGACCUCUAUGCUUAUUAGCACAUAAUGGUAACAGAUAUGACUUUCCUCUACUACAAGCUGAACUCAGGCAUAUAAACUAUGAAUUAGAUGGGGAAAUAUUAUGUGCUGAUACACUGGAAGCAUUUCGUUCAAUAGUUUCAAAUACAACAGUGGAUGUUGAUCCAGUUUUGAAUCCAAAUAAUGAAAAACAGCAGAAUGAUGAAGUUGCACCAAAUAUGUUAGAAAAUACCUCUAAAAAUGAAAGAAUUGCAAUAUCUGAAGAUGAAACAGAUAAAAUGCUGUCAGAUGAUUUGGAUCUUUUUAUUUCCCUUGAAGUUCCAGAGAUGGAAAACACAACAGAAAAUAAAAAUGUUUCGUCUGAAGUGAUGCCUUUUCCAGAUGAAUUUACAACACCAACAUCAAAAAAUACAGAGACCAUUGCGAUAAAAAGACCUCGUAAAAAAUUUAAACAAGAUCCAUCAUGGACACCAAAACGGCAGUAUCAAACAACUACUUCAACUAAACCUAAUCCAACGCAAAUCAAAAGACAACUUUUCGCAAAUCGUACUUCAGAAACAAACACUGUAUAUUCCAAACCAACUCAAUUUUCUCUAGAAAAAUUAUAUUAUCAUUAUUUUGGUGAAAGCCCACCUAAGAGUCAUUAUGCAGAAGCAGAUUGUAUUGCUUUGAGUAAAGUAUGCCAAAAAAUAAGCGCCGACUUUUUAAAAUGGAUAGAUGCUCAUAGCACAUCAUUUAAUGAAACUCCAGCAAUGUGGUAAAAAGAGUAAUUAUUAUAUAUGUAAUGCUGCAUUAUGUAUGUAAUAUGCUUCCCAGAAAUCUGAUUCUUGAAGCUUCAGAAUGUAUUUAAUCAAAUUUGAUUCUUUUUAAAACAAAUGUACCAUGUCUUACAAGAUAAACAUUCACAUUUUAAAAUUAUGAUCAGGGAUAAAUAAUAAAUCAAAACAUUUUCUUCAUUAAAAAUUUUUGAAUUUGACAUGUAUUCAUCCACAUAGUAUCAUUGCUGUUUAGUUCCUAUACAUACUAAUGUAACAUACUAAUAUGUACUAUGUAAAAUGAUAAAAAGAAAAUGGAACUUAUAGCUUCAAAGCUUGUAUAUCUAAAAUAAGAAAUAUUUAUACUUAAUAUGCUAAUGCAUGUCAAUGUUUGACAGGUAUAAAAAGAAAAUAAUUUUUAUUUCAUAUGUAUUUGUCUGUAUAUAAAUAUAUAUAAAGAUCUAAGCAGGAGAAUUCCCAGAACAAGAGCUCUAAAGGCUGGAACAUAACAUAUAUAUAUAUAUAUAUAUAUAUAUAUAUAUAUAUAUAUAUAUAUAUAUAUAUAUAUAUAUAUAUAUAUCUUUUUAUUCAUUUCUUUUUCUAAUGUUUCUUAUGCAUGCAACAAAUUAAUUCAUUUUCUUUUGCACUAUCCUUCUUAAUUACUUAUAGUUUGAGUUCGUCUUUUAUGUUCUUUAUAUAUUAUGUAUGUUAAUGCUCAUAAAGAAGAAAAAAGAA